ACAAUGAACAGCAAUAUACAAUCUCUAUAUAUGAGUCAAACUGUCUGUGUUAAUUGUAAACAAGAAUACAACAGUGUAAGGGUGCAGAGUUCUGGAGUUUCAGCUUUUCACUGAUCUUUGUGCUAGUUUCAAUAUCACAUAACCCUUUAGCCCCUGUAUUGCUAAUAUCUAUCAUUCAUCCUCUGCCUUUCAUUACCUCUGAUUCCUUUGUGUGUAUCUAUGAUUAUAAAGAAUAAUAAAAAAUACUUUGAUUUCUGGACAAUGGAAUUACCUUCCAGAAGACAGAAUUGCUGUUAAGCUCUCUCUUUAUUUCAUAUGUAGGAACAAUAGAAAUAAAUUAGAUAUUCCUCCUGUCUUUUAUCAAUAUUAUCAGCCUAUUGAUUGCAAAUACAUUUACUCUAAAGAUGAACAUUAUUUCUUCCUCACUUUGUAUUUGGGGAAAUACAGAUGGAAACUCUUUGCCGUUACCCCGGGCCACAACUGUCAUGGACCUGUGGCUGUCACACUCUGGCCAUCAGUGGCUGAGGGACACUGGCUGGCCCGAGCAAACACUACCUCCAUCACCGCGGGGUGGCGCUGCAGUCCCAGUGACAGAGAUGCGGAUGAGCUGUAGAAGCAGAAAACUGCUCUCAUCCCUAGAAUCAACACCACAGAGCAAUGGCCGCGGAAGGGAAUAUGAAAUGUUAAAGAUUGUUUCAUUCAUUUAACUACCUCGCACUGCGCAUUAUUUGCGUCUUUCACAGCAGGGAAAAGAACGCUGUAAGUUGUGGUCACUGCGCUAAGACGAUUCGCAGUUCCCACCGACUGUGACCCGGGCAUCAGGAAGAAGAUAGCCAGCUGGCUAACGUUAACAUUGGCGAACCAUAACCAUCAGCUGUAUUCAUCUGCGUUUUGCUAUCAGGCUGAAUGGCGGAGCCUGAGCUUCUGCUGGACUCCAAUAUUCGACUCUGGGUGGUGUUACCCAUUGUCUUCAUCACCUUCCUUGUUGGGGUGAUACGGCAUUAUGUCUCUAUUCUUCUUCAAAGUGACAAGAAGUUGACGUUAGAGCAGGUGUCUGACAGCCAGGUGCUUAUUCGGAGCAGAAUUCUCAGAGAAAAUGGAAAAUAUAUUCCCAAACAGUCCUUUUUGAUGAGGAAGUUCUACUUCAAUAACCAAGAAGAUGGAUUUUUCAAGAAGACCAAGAGAAAGGUUGUUCCACCCUCUCCAAUGACAGAUCCCAGCAUGCUGACAGACAUGAUGAAAGGCAAUGUCACCAACGUGCUUCCCAUGAUCCUCAUUGGAGGCUGGAUCAACUGGACCUUUUCAGGAUUUGUAACAACUAAGGUUCCCUUCCCUCUAACUCUUCGCUUCAAGCCCAUGCUGCAGCAAGGAAUUGAGCUGUUGUCACUGGAUGCUUCCUGGGUGAGCUCAGCGUCAUGGUAUUUUCUGAACGUGUUUGGACUACGAAGCAUGUACUCAUUAAUUCUUGGCCAAGAUAAUGGUGCAGAUCAGUCGAGGAUUAUGCAGGAGCAGAUGAGUGGUGCCGCCAUGGCCAUGCCUGCGGAUACAAAUAAAGCUUUCAAGGCUGAAUGGGAGGCACUGGAGCUGACUGACCAUCAGUGGGCACUGGAGAGUGUAGAGGAGGAUCUGAUGAGCAGGGAGCUGGACUUCGAUGGCAUGUUUAGCAAGGAGCUGCCAAGUGGUAUCUUCUAAUGGCCUGGUCACUUCUUCUUGGCCUAUUGGAGCCUUCAAUUUGAAUUUUGAACACAGAGAUGGGACAAAUCCCUCCAUGUUAUGCAAAGUUUACAGUCACUUAUUUGUGGUCCUCGUCUUUCCACAUGUAUUACCUUUUCAUUCCUUUCCAUAAAAUAUCUGAAAUGACUUCAAAUACACUGGUUCUGUUGCUGUUUCAUGCAUACUGGAAAGCACUGCUUUGUUUUUUCACCUUUGAAACAAGGAGAUGUUUGGGAGAAACAAAGUUGCUUUUUGCUUAUUGAAAUGCAUUAUUACUAGCUUUCAACUGUAUGCCAUCAUAAUGCUGUUAGGUUAUAAAACGUGAACUACCUAGUGCUUCUUUUGUCUUGUGUUAUACACAGCUAGAUUAGCUGUCUCCAUUUUCACAUGUACAGUCAUGUUAAACAACUAGAACACAGUACCAUUUCACAGGUGAGAAUGAUGUUUAAUUAAAGUUUAACAAUCAUAAAAAACUUGUUAGUUAGAUCAUAGAUAGAGCUGUUCUGCAUCACCUGCCCUAAAGUUGGAACUAGACCAAGAAUUAAUUUUUGAGUAAAUGUUUGUGUGAUUGAAAUAUUGUUUUUGAAGUAUGUAGACAGUUUAUUUUUUAAUGUAACUCCCCUGUGUUUUGUACAGUAUAAAGCCUGUUUUGACUAAA